AUGGAAUUAGUUGAUUUUCUCAGAAUUUCAAUUUUUAUACCAUAUAUAGAUAAUUUUAUUUCUCAAUUAGAGUUAAGAUUUGUGGAUCAUAAAAACAUUUUCGAAGGAUUUGAAUGUUUAUUUUCUAUUCAAUCCUCCAAGGAAGAAUUAGAAUCAUUCAACAAAUUAUUAGAGUCUUAUACGCCUUUAAUAGAUUACAAUAAUUCAACAGCAGAAUUAAUGUUGUGGAAAGUUAAACUCUCCAGGUUCAACAUUGUUCAAAAAACAAGUCUUGAAGCAUUUUUGCUGUGUGAUUCAAAAAUAUUUCCAAACAUUAAUAAAUUGUUAAAAAUGUUAUGCACAUUAGCCGUUGCGGCCCUUGAAUCAGAGUAG